AUGAGACAGAGCGGGAGAGUUAAAGACUCCCGUAACCAGUCAAAACCCACCAUCUUCAAACCAGUUACAGCUGCUCACAAGAAGGAUAUUGGGAAAAUCCCAGACUCAACGAUAUACAGGGGUGAAAGUGAGUGGGUGCUGGAGGGUGAAGUUACCCCCGUGGUGUCCUCAUGGACUGAGGAGAGGUGUGAGGAAUUAUGGGAUCGAGUGGAGGGUGUGAGGCACAAACUGACCCGAAUUCUAAACCCAGCUAAACUGACACCGUAUCUGCGGCAGUGUAAAGUCAUCGACGAGCAGGAUGAGGACGAAGUGCUCAACUCCACUCAGCUCCCUCUACGCAUUAGUAAAGCUGGUCGUUUACUGGAUAUCCUAAGAGGGCGUGGCCCACGUGGACUGCAGGCCUUCAUGGAAUCUCUGGAGUUCUACCAUCCUGAACAGUACACACAACUAACGGGCCAAAGGGCCACACAGCGCUGCUCCAUGAUGCUUGAUGAGGAAGGUCCUGAAGGUCUAACCCAGUUCCUGCUGCUGGAGGUGAGAAAGAUGCGAGAGCAGCUGCGUAACAGUCGCAUGUGUGAGCGGCGUCUCUCUCAGCGGUGUCGGGUUGCCGAGGACGAACGGAGUCGAGCAGAAAGAAAAAAUAAGGAUUUUAGACAAGAACUGAGUCAACUGGAGAGGCUUAAACUGGACUGGAAAGCAGGAUCGAGGGAAUUAGGCAGGUUGAAGGAACGAUUGCUGGAGCAGGCAGUGAAGUAUUCACGAGCUUUAGAGGAACAACGUAAAUCCUCCAACCACGAGAGAGACUUACUCACACAGGUGGAUCAGCUGAAGAACAGACUGGCAGAAGUGGAGAAAAGCGCUAGCGGUGACUCCAACCACUCAAAGUCUCCCAGAAGUACGAGUGGAACAUGCACCCGUGGUGAGGGAUUAAAUGGACUAGGCGCAGACAGCACCUCUGCUGGUCGUGUGGCAGCACUGCAGCGCUCAGACACCCUGAAUGGGCGCAUUAGUGAAACUCAGGCUCUGCUGGAUAUUCUGAAGCAGGAUCAGAGGGAAGCAGCAGAGCAGAGGCAUGAACUCUGUACUAGCAUCCUCAGCCUGCAGGGGGAGCUGGAAAGUGCUGAGGCCAGUAAAAAAAAGUUGGAGUCUCAGUGUGAGCAGUUACAGGUAAAGCUGAGGACGCUGCAGUUGGACUGGGAGGCCGAGCAUAAGAGAAGUUUAUCUUACUUCAACCAGAUUAUGGAACUGGAAAGAGAGAGAGAUCAGACUCUGCGCAGUAGAGACAGUCUGCAGCUGGAGUUUACCGACUGCCUCCUGGAUAAGAACCGUCUGCGCAAACGUAUCACCGAGCUGCAGGGUGACGUGGAGCGGUUACAGAUAGAACUGGAUAAAGAGAAGGAGAAGAACCAACAGCAGGAGUUCACUCAUUCACAGUCAUGCAGUCACGGAUCAUUUCUGUCCUUGAUCAGUGAGGAACGUUGCUUUGGACCCUGCUGUUCACUCAGUCUGACCCCCCAGGAUCGGACAAACCAGUCCCUCUGUAACAGUCAGAACAGUGAACAUACAGAAGAUCUCCACUACACCUCGGAGGAAGACUUGCUCAGUCCGGUGUGCGGCAAUGCUAAGGAGAUAAACAGACUUUCAACUUUCCCGUUUCCUCCCUGCAUUAACUUCAUCAACCGCAGAGUCAACACUGAGUUUGAUCUGGACUCAUGGGGUAGUGAUGAAACCAGCAACAUCACAGGUGUAUCAAAUCUCUCGCCUCCCACCCCACCCAAAAACACCAGCCUGGCUGAUGACAUCACCAUCAUCGGGGGUAACCGUACAGGUAUAUUUGUACAGACGGUGAGGGCGGGGUCAGUGGCGGAGAGGUGUGGUCUCACAGAGGGGACUGAGCUAAUCCAGCUGGAGCAGGAGAUGUUUUCGGGAGGGGGUGUGGAUAUGACUCAGUGUACAGCAGAAGUGGCGCACUUCACCAUGCAGUGGUGGAACGAACCAGCUGCACUUAAACACCGACCUAACCACAAAGGUUAUUCUGCUCUGAUCAGUGAGCUCUCCUCAGACUCCUUCACCGGCGCCGACUCCUUUUAUGUACGCGUGAACCUCGACCUCUGUUUCCGUGACCAGCCAGGUCUGAGUGUCGGCUGUAAUGACGUCCUGCACGUAACCGACACCAGAUACAACGGCAAGUACCAGUGGCGCUGCAGCCGCGUGGACGUACAGUCUGGUAAAGCACUGCAGAACGUAGCUGUACCCAACUACAACAGGACGCAGCAGUUACUGUUGGUAAAUUUACGCAGUAAGAAGAAAUUUGGUAGGAAGUUUUGUGAGCGGGUUCGACUGGUGAAACCCAUCACUGCUAAAUGUUGUGGGGUUGGCUCCUCCCACCCGGUCCUCUACACACUCAGUAACCGUAAUGAGGAACAUCUAAUACCGUACAGUCUGGUACAGCCGGUGCAUGUGGAGAGUAAAAGGCCGGUUAUCUUCUCUCCUUCUGUUCUGUCUCGGGGUCUCAUAGAGCGAUUACUGCAACCUGCAGAUUCAGGACUGUACUUUAAUACCUGUCAACCAGAACCGAUAGCAGUGAGUGAGUGUGAUGAUAAAAGUGUGUUCAUGUUGGAUCACACACACACUUCAGAUCACACACACGGCAUCAGACUGCAAAGUAUACAGGAAGUUAUUGACCAGGACAAACACUGUUUGCUGCAGUUGAGUGUGAGCAGUGUUGAAGCUCUGUUAAAGCAGGGCGUGUAUCCCAUCAUCAUCCACAUUAUACCCAAAGAUAAGAAGGGCAGGAAGUUCCGGAAGCUGUUGGGGUGUUUUGGAGACAGGAACGUGAUGGAGUUGAUGCAGGUGGAGUCGGUACAGUUGGAGAUGUUACCACUGAUGGUUACCACACUGCAGCCUAAUGACUGGAGCUGCACUAACGAGUUUAUCAACACUGUACGCAACACCAUACACACCCAACAGGGGGCGCUGGUCUGGCUCGAAAUGGACCGGAUUCAGUAA